AUGCUAUCAAUAUAUUUGGAGAAGAGUGAGUAUAAUUGGAAGGUUAGGAAGGUAGUGUUAGAGCACAACCAUGAAUUAGCACCUGUUAUGAUGUCCCACCUAAUUUUGAAUCAUCAUAAAAUGACAGAUGCAGCAAAGGCUUACACUGACGGGAUGCAUGCAUAUGGAAUUGAAAUGUCAAAAAUCUUGGGCUACAUUGUUGAUGAGGCGGUCAAGAAAGCUAACGGUGAUGCGAAUGCAACGUUGGUUUACUUUGAGGGAAAAGUUAUUGGUGACCCUAUGUAUGUUGCACGCUACAACCACAAAAAAGAUGAAAGGCUUGGUAACAUGGUUUGGAUUGAUGGGCAUAGCCGGUCUGAUUUUCAGUGUUUUGGAGAUGUUUUAGCGUUUGACUCCACUUACAGGAAAAAUAAGUACAAACGUCCAAUAGUAAUUUUUUCUGGUUCAAACAAUCAUAAGCAAACUACCAUUUUUGGUUUUGGGUUGUUGAUAGAUGAAAUGGUCUCAUCGUAUAGGUGGAUGUUACAAAAUAUUGGAGGUUAUGUACUAGAAGAAGUCUUGUGUAGUUGUUACCGAUUGAGACAAAACGAUGAUAAAAGUUGUGAAGUUGGUUUUACCGGAGGCACACAUCGUUUGUGUACGUGGCAUGUGGAAAAGAACGCGAUGUCAAAUGGGAAAGAUGAACACCUCCGCAGUUUGUUCAACCGUUGGUUGUACUGGACAUAG